GAGCGAGCGCGCCAGACGGCCGGGGAGCUGUGCGCCGGGAGGGUCCCCCUCUGGCAUCUCCAAACGCGCCCUGGGCGCACCGUCCUUUCCUUGGCUCGCCCUACGUGCGCGGAUCGAGGCUCCCGCGACGAGCUCAGGCACCGGAUGCCGUUCCCCGGCGGCUUGUGGUGGUUGCUGUGCUGCAGGCAAGGUUUCACCUUGCUCCGACGCGACUAUGGCGAGGCAGGCAAAGGGGGGGCGGACGACGACGAAGCUGAGGAGUCCUUCGAAUUGCGCAGCAAAGGCGACGAGGGAGCUCCCUUGCAGGUGAACGUCACCCAGCCCAGUCGGACCAGCAGCGGUUCCGAAAGGUCUCUGCCAGUGUCCGAAGAAACGCACAGUCUUAUCACAGAGAAGAAGAACGAGAGACUGCAAGGAGAACCCGAUGCUAUCGUGAAAGGCUGGCUGCAACGGGAGGUGCGGGGAGGUAUAAAGACCCCUUGGCUGCGUCCUCGCAAGUACUGGUUUGUGCUGACGGAGGAUUCCCUCGACUACUAUAGCGGGUGCGAGGUGACCGCCCGGUGCCUUGGUUCGCUCGUCCUCACCAGCCUCUGUUCUGUGCUGUGGCCUGACAAGCAGACCUACAAGGAGACAGGAUACUGGGCAGUGACUGUUUUUGGCAGAAAGCACUGCUACCGCCUCUACACAGAGCAUUUAAACGAAGCUGUGCAUUGGGUUUGCGCCCUGCAGAAGGUCAUCAUCAGCAAGCCCCCCGUGCAGACCCCGACGCAGCUCCUCAUGUGUGACAUUGAGGAGAACCGUGACAGGCCAGAAAUCCUGGAUCAGAUUUAUCAAAAUAAUCCCAUCCUGUGCUACACGGCUGGCCCAGUCUAUGCGCCUCUGCUGCCCUUUCCGUAUGCAGCUCCCGGUGGCCAGGGCUACGCGGGGAUCCGGGACGAAGCUGUCAAGCUCUUCCACUCGCUGCAGCAGCUGGAGGGGCUGCGGGAGCCAACCCUUCUCAUGCAGGGGGUGCUGCAGACGUGCCAUGACCUCCCCGCCCUGGUGGACGAGAUCUACUGCCAGCUGGUGAAGCAGACCACGGAGCCUCCAGCGCCGGGUGCAGCCGCGGACCUGCGCUACUGGCAGCUGCUUGCUUGCAUGAGCUGCACUUUCAGGCCGUCGCUUCCUGUGCUGUGCUACCUGCAGCUGCACCUCCAGCGGACAGAGAAGCAGUUCCCAGGCUCGGAGGCGACUUGGUACGGACGCUUCAUCGCAGAGGCCCUGCACAAGACAAAGGGGCGAGAGUGCGUGCCUUCUCUGGAGGAGAUUGCGGGGCUGAUGGGGCGCCAGGAGACCGAGUGCGGUGUGCAUUGCCCUAGCAUCGCCACCUGCCAUGUGGCCGUCACCUCCCAGACCACAGUCCAGGAGGUGGCCCUGGAGCUGAUGUUGCGCCUGGGCCUGGCGCAUAGCCCCAACUCAUUUGCCCUCUACGAGGAGAGCUGGCAGCAUGUGCGCCCCCUGCCGGAGGAUGCCCUGGUGGCAGAUGUUCUCACGAGGUUCGAAAGCUCAGUUGGGGAAGAGCCACCCCGGAAGCCCCCUGGGAGACUCUGGUUCAGGCAUUAUGGGUGUCUGAACCUGGACUGCGUCCCCUGCAACAGCCAGGAGUUUGCAGUGCUAUUUGAACAGGGGAUCUCUCGCUGGAGCAUCAUCUGCUGGGCUGUGGGCUGUCCCGCCCGUGGUCAAGCUGCGAGCGGAGUGGAAGCAGCUCCCGUGCAGCCAUUUCAUGGAGACAGCCUCUCUGACAGGAGUUGCCAUGUACGAACGGAAACAGAUACAGGGGACGAGGCAGCCAGAGAUCAGCCUGGCGGGCACGUGGUCGGCCUUUGGGUCUGUCCUCUGUGAUGCAGAGGUUUAUUUAUCAG